GGCUUCCUACGUCAGACUCUUCGAUAGAAACGGCCCUCUUUUAAAGUUCCUGGGGGAAGAGUGGAGGGACCCGGACAAACCAAAGGGAAAGGGGGCCAAGCUUGAGCGUAGAGGAUACAUAUUUACACAUUAUUCAUCCUGGGAGGACCGUUGUUAAACUGAAGACAAGGUGCAACACGGAAAAAACGAAGGUCUCGACUGCCUGAGAACGUCAGAAAAUAAAGAAAAUGGCGGAGCCGGACAAAUUAAACAUCGACUCUAUAAUUCAGCGUCUCCUGGAAGUCAAGGGCUCUCGGCCAGGGAAGAACGUCCAGCUGACAGAAGGCGAGAUCCGCGGCCUUUGCCUCAAGUCUCGUGAAAUCUUCCUGAGCCAGCCGAUCCUGCUCGAGUUAGAGGCUCCCCUCAAAAUCUGCGGAGAUGUCCAUGGUCAGUACUAUGAUCUGCUCCGGCUCUUUGAAUAUGGAGGCUUCCCCCCGGAAAGCAACUACCUGUUCCUGGGUGACUAUGUCGACAGAGGGAAGCAGUCGCUGGAGACUAUCUGCCUGCUUCUAGCCUACAAGAUCAAAUAUCCAGAGAACUUUUUCCUGCUGCGCGGCAACCAUGAAUGCGCUUCUAUAAAUCGAAUCUACGGCUUUUAUGAUGAGUGUAAGCGACGGUAUAACAUUAAGCUGUGGAAGACCUUCACAGACUGCUUCAAUUGUUUACCUGUGGCUGCCAUCGUAGAUGAGAAAAUCUUCUGCUGUCACGGAGGCCUCUCUCCUGAUCUUCAGUCUAUGGAGCAGAUCCGCAGAGUAAUGCGACCCACAGACGUGCCUGACCAGGGUUUGUUGUGCGACCUGCUGUGGGCUGAUCCAGAUAAAGACGUCCUGGGCUGGGGGGAAAACGACCGCGGUGUCUCCUUCACAUUCGGGGCGGACGUGGUGGCCAAAUUUUUGCACAAACACGACAUGGACCUAAUAUGCAGGGCACAUCAGGUGGUAGAAGACGGUUAUGAGUUUUUCGCAAAGAGGCAACUUGUCACUCUGUUCUCGGCUCCCAACUACUGCGGAGAGUUCGACAACGCUGGUGCCAUGAUGAGCGUGGAUGAGACACUCAUGUGCUCCUUCCAGAUUCUGAAGCCAGCAGAUAAGAAAUUGUAUCCUUACGGCGGAGGGGGAGGAAUGGGAUCUGGAAGACCGGUCACUCCGCCACGAAAUUCAGCCAAGUCCGCCAAGGCCAAGAAAUAACACCCACUCGGGCCCCCCCCCCACCCCUCCUCCCACAACCUGCCACCCCCCCCCUCCCUCCCCGUCGGCCCACAACGCUCUUUCUUUUUUUUUUUUUUUUCCUCUACCUCCCAAACUUGUUUCUCCCUCGUCACCAAAACGGCAACAAAGCAAACAAGUGUCCAGGGUUCAAAUCAUGUUUUAUUUUUUUCUCUCUCUCUCUCUCUCUAAAACUAUUUUUAACCGUUUUGUUUGUUUGUUUGUUUGUUUGUUUGUUCGGCUGUUUGCCUGCAACAUUUCGUGCGAGUGUGUGUAUAAAGUGAGAAUGACACAGAGGGCAGUCGCUGUAUUCUGUAUUUGUGUUUUUGUUUUUUUUUUCUUUUCUUCCUCUUGUACCCUCUGUUCUGUUUUUUCCUGUCAUUUGUAGAGAUGGGUUCUGCCCAUCCGUGAUGUAAACUCAAACCUGGUUGCAGGGGGGGGGAGGAAGAGGAGGAGGAGGAGGAGGAGGAGGGGAAGAGCAAGAGAGAGAGAGAGAAAAGGAGCCUUAGCUGUUUAUGUUGAGGCCCUGCACUGUUUAAAUGCUAAACACAAGCUUUUGUACAUCCUGUUUCAGAGGUCUGUGUAUGUCUGUGUGGUGUGGUGGUGGUGGU